AUGAGUUUCUCUGGUAUGCUCAACAAGCUGCAUGGUCAGCCAGAAAGUUAUGAUAAAAAAGCCAAAUACAAGUUCGGUCGAACCCUCGGUGCUGGUACCUAUGGAAUCGUCAGAGAGGCAGAUGGCCCAACAGGAAAGGUCGCAGUGAAGAUUAUCCUCAAGAAGAACGUCAAGGGAAAUGAACAAAUGGUCUAUGAUGAACUUCAAAUGUUGCAAAAAAUGAAGCAUAAGCAUAUCGUCAAGUUUGUGGAUUGGUUCGAGUCUAGAGACAAAUAUUAUAUUGUUACACAGUUGGCUAUUGGUGGAGAGUUGUUUGAUCGAAUUUGCGAACAAGGAAGAUUUACGGAAAAAGAUGCUUCGCAAACUAUCCGUCAAGUUCUCGAGGCUGUAGACUACCUUCAUGACAAUAACGUUGUUCACAGAGAUCUCAAACCCGAGAACUUACUCUAUCUCACUCAAGAUCCUCACUCCGACCUCGUACUCGCAGAUUUCGGUAUCGCCAAAAUGCUCGACACCAAAGAUGAAGUUCUUACAACAAUGGCUGGAUCAUUUGGUUAUGCCGCUCCUGAAGUUAUGUUGAAGAAGGGCCAUGGAAAGCCUGUAGAUAUGUGGUCUAUGGGUGUCAUUACCUACACACUCCUCUGUGGUUACUCUCCUUUCCGAAGCGAGAAUCUUCAAGAUCUUAUCGAAGAGUGCAGCAAUGCUAGAGUCAUUUUCCAUGAAAGAUACUGGAAGGAUGUUAGCGAUGAUGCAAAGGAUUUCAUAGGUCAUCUUUUACAACCACGUGCAGAUGAUAGAUCUACAAGCAAGGAAGCACUCGCGCAUCCAUGGUUGAGCGGAGAGAAUGCCACCGAUCACAAUUUGCUUCCAGAAAUCAAGGCUUACAUGGCCAAAGCCCGUCUUCGUCGUGGUAUCGAAAUGGUCAAGCUCACCAAUCGCAUCGAAAUGCUCAAGAUGCAAGAAGACGACAACGAAGAAUCAGACGUUCCCGGCAAUGCUGCAGCCGCCGCUAGCGAUGCUAUUCCUGGUAGCCCAGAGAGAAGAAAUACUGGUUCAUCUUCAGCUUCAGGAUCUACAUCUCCUGGAGAAAAGAGGAGUUUGAGUAAAAUAGCCAAGGGAGCCAUUUUUAGGGAAGUGGUAUUGGCGAAGGUUAGAGAAGUUAAGGCUGAAGAGGCGGCGGCUCAAAUUGAGAGACAGGCAACUGAAGCGGCGAAGAAGAAGUCGUCAACUCAAUAA